AUGAUUCCAGCAGUUCCUUUCCGUCUCUCCGCUGUCUCCAGCCUCAUUUCACUUUGUCUCGCAAUACCUAUCAUAUCAAGGAAAGAGUCGAAGCCAAUCUAUUACCUCUCGAACUGUUUCCUCAGCACCAACAUCUCUACUCAGGAUGCGGAGAUCGAUUAUCACAUCUCUGCUCCGAAGUCCUUCCCAGCCUCGAAACCGAAACUCAUUUCAGUCCUCAAUCCUACCGAGUCAAUCGAUUACGAAGACAGUACGGUCAUGACGCUACCUGGAUCACCAUUCAAUCUAACGGUCGUAAUCGGAGAUGAUGCGUAUACAGCUAAAGCAGGAACGGUGGUUGGGAGUGCGACUGGGAGUUCGGUGAAGGGAACAUUGAAGUGCAAGCGAUUGACAAGGAUAAUUGUUUAUGAAUCUGGGGAAACGGAAUGCUAUGCAGACUAUGCUUGUUCGUGA